CUUUCCGGAGAAGUUUCACAUUUACGAUCUUAUAGAUUCAAAAAUAGCAUCAAAUACCUCAACUAUUCACCUUUUCUUAAGACCACCAAACGGACUUUGAGUGUGGAGCGACGGCGUGUUAUGUGAAGUGAAGAUUGAAGACGUGAUAGAAGAUGGACGACUACUGCUAUGCUAAGAUGGCGACGUCCGCUAAAAGAGAAGAUGAAAGAGAAUCAGCGCCACCAACGGAGAACAAUCUGAAAAGCGAAGAUGAAGACGUCCAGCAGCUGAUCGGUGAAUCAGAAGAAGUUUCCCCUCAGUUAGGGGGGAGCUCCACUUUGAAGCAGGAGACUCCACAACCACCCUGCAUUAAAAAGGAAGAGGAGGAACUCUGCAUCCCUCAGGAGGGAGAGUGUCUUCUAGGACGAGAGGAAGCUGAUUACACCAAGUUUCCACUGAGUAUUCUCUCUGUGAAGACUGAAGAUGAUGAAGAGAAACCACAAGUAGACAACCUCUUAGCUCCACUAUCAGAUAGUGAGGCUGAAGACGAGGUUGAAGUAACUUUGAGCAGCGACACAGACUGUGAAGGUGAUAUGAGGACUCACACUGACAACAAACACUCUGAAUGCUCUACAAAGAAGAGAGGUAAAACAUGUUUGAGCUGCUCAGUUUGUGCUGAAAGUUUUACUAAAAAGAGCCGUUUGACUCAACACAUGAGAACACACACAGGUGAAAAACCAUUCAGUUGUUCAGUUUGUGGCAAAAGCUUUACUCGAAAUUAUGGUUUGACUGAACACAUGAAAACACACACAGGUGAAAAACCAUUUAAGUGUUCAGUUUGUGGCAACAGCUUUUCUCAAAAUAGCUCUUUGACUCAACACAUGAGAACACACACAGGUGAAAAACCAUUUAAUUGUUCAGUCUGUGCCAACAGCUUUUCUAAAAAUAGCAAUUUGACUCAACACAUGAGAACACACACAGGUGAAAAACCAUUUAAUUGUUCAGUUUGUGGUAAAAGCUGUUCUGUUAAGAGACAUUUGACUCAACACAUGAGAACACACUGGUGAAAAACCAUUUAGUUGUUAAGUUUGUAGCAAAAGCUUUUCUGUUAAGUGCAGUUUUAUUAAACACAUGAAAACAUAGAGAUGAAAAACCAUGUAAGUGUUCCGUUUGUGGCAAAAGCUUUUCUGUUAAGAGAAUAUUGACUCGACACAUGAGAACACACACUGGACUAAGACAAUUUAAUUGUUCAGUUUGUGGUAAAAACUUUCAUCAAAACAGUUUUUUGUGUCGACACGAGAACACACACUGGAGAAAAACCAUUUAGUUGUUCAGUGUGCUGUAAAAGGUUCACACAUAAUGCAGACGCAGUAAAACACAUAAGAACACACAAGGGAAAAUAACCAAUUAGCUGUUUAGUUUGCGGUAUGUUGCUCAUAUGUGGUGACAUCCACCCUACCCAGGACCUCCUCACUGCUUCUUUCACAAAUAUCUGAGGUAUUCAUACAAACUUGGAUUAUUUGAAGCAUAAUCUUAUCUACUCAUGACCCCAUGUCUUCUCUGUAUCUGAAACCUUCCUGAACAGUAAGAUAGAUGAUGCUUCAAGUGCUUGGUUACUCCUUCUUCAGUCCAGGGA